CUGCAUAAGCUCUUCAAUCCCUUCUGUUUCUCUCAACUGUCGACACGAUGAAGUCGUCCUCCGUCUCAGCAUCCGCCCUUUCCGCUGCGCUCUUUGUGGGCGGCGCCUCUGCGCACACCAUCUUCCAGAAAAUGUACGUAGAUGGCGUCGACCAGGGCCAGCUCACUGGAAUCCGCGUGCCCGACUACGACGGUCCCAUCUCGGAUGUCACAUCAAACGACAUCAUCUGCAACGGUGGCAUCAACCCAUACCAUCAGCCAGUCUCUACCGAUGUAAUCACUGUCCCCGCCGGCUCGCAGGUCACCGCUGAAUGGCACCACACUCUCAACGGCGCCGAUGCUUCUGAUGCCGCCGACCCCAUCGACGCGUCGCACAAGGGCCCUGUCAUUUCUUACCUCGCCAAGGUCGACGACCCUACGAAACUCGACGCGACAGGUCUUUCCUGGUUCAAGAUCCACGAGGAGGGCUAUGACCCGUCAUCGAACACCUGGGGCGUGGACACGAUGAUCAAGAACAAGGGCAAGGUCACGUUCGAGAUCCCGUCGUGCAUUGAGGACGGCUUCUACCUCCUUCGUCACGAGCUCAUUGCGCUGCACGGUGCGAGCAACUACCCUGGCGCGCAGUUCUACAUGGAGUGCGCUCAGAUUGAGGUGACGGGUGGCAGCGGUAGCGCCUCGCCGAAGACGGUCAGUUUCCCUGGAGCGUACUCCGGCUCGGACCCAGGCAUCAAGAUCAACAUCUACCAGACGCUCAACUCGUACACCAUCCCAGGCCCGGAGGUGUUCACUUGUUAGACGUUCACUGGCGGGUGCAGUCCUUUUCAAAUUAUUCUUUGGAUGUUCUGGGCAUGCUCUGGCGGCUGGUGCGUAUUGUAAAGGUCCAUAUAACUGCCAUGAGUGUAUUCCAUGUUGUAUAGUACCUUUGUGGAUGAAACUACGCGAGAGUGCAAAUAUAUGUACAGUGAACAAAUUCCUGUGGCUGUCGAUACGUAGUGAACGAGCUGUCCGACCUGAAGAGAUGAAUCUUCGUCCGACUGAGAGUAUACGUACAGGACGGCGCGCCCCAGCAAGUGGGCCGCCGCACCCCAGGG